AAAACACAGAAAUUUCCGUUCCCACUAUAAAAAAAAGAUCUAUAAUUAAACCGUCAGUAUCAAUACCACAAGAAGCUAAAACUGAUCCAUCAAAAUAACACAAGUCGCACAUCUAUUCCCACCACUCCUACCAACGAAGAGAGAGAAAUUAACAACGAACACUCAUCAGCAGCAAAAUGGGGAGAAACCCUGCGUUGUUAAACGCCAUCGUCUUCUUAUCCUUGGCUCUGAUCGCUCGAUCUGUAUCUGCAGGUGACGAGUCAGAAUGCGUGUACACCAUAUACGUCAGGACAGGGUCCGUCAUAAAAGCAGGGACGGACUCUAAGAUCAGCCUCGAAUUAUGGGGUCAAAACGGCGACGGAGUUAGAAUUACCGACAUCGAAAGCUGGGGCGGGCUAAUGGGCCAAAACUACGACUACUUCGAGAGGGGUAACUUGGACGUGUUCAGUGGGCGCGGCCCAUGUCUAACAGCACCAGUUUGCGGCAUGCGGGUGAUUUCCGAUGGGUCGGGCCCACACCAUGGUUGGUACUGUAACUAUGUUGAGGUUACAACUACUGGGCCCCAUGUUAAGUGCGCACAGCAGAAGUUUGAUGUUGAACAAUGGCUUAAAUCUGAUUCUUAUCCUUAUGAACUUUCUGCUACUAGAAAUUAUUGUCCUGUUUCUUUGUCUAAGCAAGCUGUUCCUGCUUUGAGGUCUGUUGCUUCAUCUUGAAUUUGUGUUUUAACAAUCCAAAUAAAAAAAAAGGGUUGUUGAAGGUUUGUGGUUUGUGAUGAGAUUGAGAGUUUGAGGUAAGAUUAACUUGGUUUUGUAAGUUAUUUGUGAUAUUAAUAAAAGUUUUGUUGAGGGGUUUUUUGUGUGAA